AUGAAGUUCUCCACCGCCGCCGUCUUGGCCUCUGCUGCUGUCUCUGCUCAAGCUGCCACCUACGCUAACGCUACCGUCACUGACAUUGCUACCACUGUCAUCACCAUCACUUCUUGUGACCACGAUGCUUGUCACUCUUCUGUUGUCACCACUGGUUUGACCACUGUCACCGAAGACGAAACCAUCUACACCACCUACUGUCCAUUGUCGACCGUCUCUGAAAUCUCCACCACCGUCAUCACCAUCACUUCUUGUGCUGAAGACAAGUGUGCUGAAGUUGAAAAGACCACCGGUGUCACCACUGUCACUGAAAACGAAACCGUUUACACCACCUACUGCCCAUUGCCAACUGAAGCUGCUCCAGAAACUGUUGCUCCAGCUGCUCCAGAAACUGUUGCUCCAGCUGCCCCAGCCGCUCCAGAAACUGUUGCCCCAGCCCCAGAAUCUCCAGCUGCCACCCCAGCUGCUCCAGAAACCGUCGCUGCUGAAUCCACUUCCCCAGCCACUGUUGCUCCAGUUGUCUCUACUGCUGAAGGUGCUGCUGCUGGUCAAGUUGUUCCAGUUCUUGCUGCUGGUGUUGCUGGUUUGGCUGCUUACUUGUUGCACCAUCAUGCCUUUGGUUUCAUGUUUUUUGAGAGCACCGGCUUUGUGUAGAGGUGCCUCGGGCAUCUGGUUUUAAAAUAAAUAACUUUAUUUGCUUGAUGAUUGUUCGAGAGUAGAGUUCAUUUCUGUAUACUAUAUAUGACUAAUUUCGAUCCCACUCUAUUAAUGGGUUAAUAGUUUGAAUAUUAUUGCUAAUUAUUCUAA